UGGUAAAAAUAUGUGCUCUUUUCAUUUUUCAGUUCCACACACUCUUGGAUGCAUGUAUGACCCAUGCAAUUUUUCACUGAUAUAAUCCACUCCACAUAGCUAGCCACAUUUUGUAGGAUAUGAGUGGAAAAUGAAAGUUAAUGUAAUUAGGAAUAGUAGUAUGAAGUUUAGUUGGAGUACAGAAGAUGAAGAUGCGCAAAACCAAGAUAUAAUAAUUGAUUAUUUACUUUUAUUUUCUUGGGUGCAGGUGGAGGUUCAAUUUGGAACCAUUGUCUGGCCCACAAGCACACAAUUCUGUACCGCCUGGAAUUCAAUUGAUGGCUACUGGUAAUGGAGAUCCAAUGGCAAGUGCACAUACUGCCAUCAACAUUCACUCGAUACAUUCGCAUCGUUUUCUAGAAAACAACAAUAGAGAGCUAUACCUUAAUACAUGUGUGCCACUCUCUAAGUAUGCACUAAAAGGCAAUUGGGAAGCUGCUGAACGAAUCUUGAAGGAGGAUCCGAGUCUUUUGACUUCUAGCAUAACAAGAGGGGAGGACACUGUCCUUCACAUUGCAGCAGGAGCAAGACAUGUUCGCUUUGUGGAGAAGCUGGUCGAAAUGAUGGAAGAACUGAAUGGAAACGAGACAUGUUCACAAAACUUGGCACUGAAAGACAUGAAUGGAAACACUGCCUUCAGCAUUGCAGCUGCAGCUGGAAGUAUUGAAAUUGCAGAGAUUUUGAUCAAGAAGAAUAAGGAUUUGCCAAUAAUUCGAGGUGGUGAAGGAAUGACACCACUCUAUAUGGCUGCCUUGUUGGGACAGUCUGUAAUGGCAGAUAACCUGUACUCUGGAACCAAGGAAAUGUUGGAGGAAUUCGACCGCCAAGCGUUGUUUUUUACUUGUAUCGAUAAUGAUCUAGCUUUGAAGAUUCUAAGAAGUGACAGAGCAUUAGCUAAGGCUUGUAAUGCAAAAGAGGAAACAGCUUUGCAUAUCUUGGCUAGAACGCCUUCAGACUUCACCAGCCAAAGUCCAGGAACGUGGAGUAGACUCAUCAACUCAUUUAUCCCAGAUUGGAAUUUCUCAUACAAUAGAAACUUGAAACAAGUCAAUGAAGCCCUUCAACUAGUCCAAUGCCUUUGGACAGAAAUCUUGAGAAAUGAUCAUGACGAUGUGAUGAGACUAAUCAAACAUCCUUCAAGAUUACUGUUCGACGCUACAAAAUUAGGAAAUUAUGAGUUCCUGGCAGUGCUCAUUAACUCUUAUCCUGACUUAAUAUGGGAACUUGAUGACAAAAAUCGGAGUAUAAUCCAUGUUGCUGUUUUGCAUCGUCAUGCAAGUAUCUUCAAUUUAGUGCAUGAGAUAGGUUCCAUCAAGGAUAUCAUAGUGACAUUUACUGAUGAUGAAGAGAGUAAUAACAUUUUACAUAUGGCUGCAAAAUUAGCACCUCCAAAUCAACUCAACCUUGUAUCAGGAGCAGCUCUUCAAAUGCAGCGAGAGUUGGUAUGGUUUGAGGAAGUGAAAAAGAUUGUACAACCUAACUCCAUAGAGAUGAAAAACAAGAAAGGAAAAACACCACGAGAAUUGUUCACAAGUGAGCAUGAAGGGUUGUUACACAAAGGAGAAGCAUGGAUGAAGGACACUGCAAGUUCAUGCAUGAUUGUUGCGGCUCUUAUCGCAGCUGUUGUGUUUUCAGCUGCAUUUAGCGUACCUGGUGGUACAUCUGAUAAUACAGGACAGCCAAACUUUCUAAAAGAGACUGCUUUCCUAUUCUUUGCCAUAGCAGAUGGAGUAGCACUCGUUUCCUCUUCAACUUCAAUACUGAUGUUCUUGUUCAUCCUCACAUCGCGUUACGCUGAAGGUGAUUUCCUCAAAUCGUUACCGUUGAAGUUGAUGAUAGGACUCGCAUCACUUUUCAUAUCUAUAGCAUCCAUGAUGGUAGCUUUUAGCGCAACCUUCUAUUUAGACUGUCACUAUGGAUUAGGAUGGGUCCCAAAUCUUAUAUUUGUAUUUGCAUUUGUCCCGGUUGCUUUGUUUGCUUUUCUGCAGUUUCCUCUCUUGUCUGAUAUGUUUUCUUCAACAUAUUGUUCAAGUCUUUUAUUUCAGCCAUGGAAACAUAUGAUCGAGUGAUCGAUUAGAAAGUCAAGGCUGUAUUGUUGUACAUAUAAUAGAGAUCGAAGUGGAGUUGUUUUA